UUUAAAAAUUUUAGUAUUUUGUCCACCCGAAAAAAAUUUCUGCCUCCGCCCCCUGGGUAAUGGAUCCCCAUUUUCUUUUUCAAAAGAUUCCAUGAAACCUUUUUUUUUUAACCAAUCAAGUUCAGAGAACUGUGUCUUCAUAUAUUCUCCCCCUGUACCUCCCUCCCAGAGAUUAACUCUCCCUAAUUAUAGUAAAUGCAUGCUCCAAACUUUUCCAAAGCCUAACAUUUAAGGAUCUGUCUUUACACGGUUGCUUCAUUAUUCCCCUUUUUGCCGGCGAAGAGAUGUCGAGUUCCUGCCAGAAAUCCAGCAGGGCAGCUGAGAGGUCCAGUUUCGUCAAUAUGUUGAGUCAGUACUUGAACGAGAAGAGGAAUAUGGGAGAUCUUGCAGGCGGAAAUAUGGCUGCCAAAUUAGAAGCUAAAGGGGCUAGCUCCCCUCGCACCCCCCUCCCUCCGCCACUGCCGGUGACGACGAUGAAUCUGUUGCCUAAUGUGGAAAAUUCUACUGAGAAUUCAAGACCGAAAGCCACUGCAUCGGCGUCUAAUGUCAAGCCUUCCGAUUUCUUCUCGAAUGUUUCCCGUGCCGGUAACUUAGGUUCGAUGGAAGAGGCUGCUAACAGGACUGAUUUCAGGAAGCCGGAAACGACGGAGAUGUUAAGACGCCUAAUAGAACAAAUCCUUAGAAAGGAAAAAGACAAGAUGAAGAAACCUGUAAUAAUAUAAGACAAAAAUGAUAAUGAUAAAGCUUAAAGUCAAUU